AUGGUUCAGGAGACACAUCUGACAAUGUCCACAUCUCCGACUCAAGAGACUGGUUUUCUGUGGGCUCAUGUUGGAGAAAAAGUGACAAUGCAAUGCACCUAUGAAGACAAUGAGCCGGCGUGGAUCUGCUGGUACAUGCAGACUCUGGGACAGAAGCCAAAGCUCAUGUCCAGCAUAUUUGUGUACGGGGCAGAAAUCAGUUUUUAUGAGGAAUUCAAGAAUAACUCACAUUACAUCAUAGAGAAAAAAGGACAUUUGUAUUAUUUGACAAUAUUAGAUCUAAAAAUGUCAGAUUCAGCUACAUACUACUGUGCGCUUAGCUAUAAACAAGUUGUGCAUUUUGGAAAGGGAACUACAGUCAGUGUUAAAGGUCCAGGUUUUAACAUCCAAGCUUCGGUCCAUCAGCUGGAAUCUGAAACCAUCCAGCCAGGAAUCUCUGUGACUCUGAACUGCACGGUAGAAAUUGAUAGUUGUGAUGGAGAACACAACGUUUACUGGUUCAGGAACACAGAGGAAUCUCAACCAGGACUCAUUUACACCUAUGGAAGCAGGAAGGAUAAGUGUAUAAGUAAUUCCAGCACAAAAAGUCAAGUAUGUGUGCACAGCCUGUCAAUGAAGAACCUGAAUGAGUCUCAUUCUGGAACCUACUAUUGCGCUGUUGCUUCAUGUGGACAUGUUGUGUUUGGAAAUGGGACGAUGCUGAGCCUCUCAUAUGAUAAAAUGCACCUGCUCCAUUUCUUGGCUGGAUCUUUGACAACCCUCCUCAUUGUUUUGUUGAUUGGCUUGGGAUGCAAACUAAUUCAAAAGAACAACCAAAGUUCAGAACCCAAACCUUCAACCGCCACCGAGGUGAGAUUCUUCUCAAUGAGUGACAGCCUAAAAUGA